GAGAGUCAGUUAACGAUUUGUUUUUAUGGUGAGCACACUGUGAUAAAUUAGAAAACUGUUAAGUGAAGAUGACCUUAAUAUGAAAGUGUUUUGUCAUCAAUUUCAAGAAUUUAAUUUCAUCACACUAAUAAUCUUAUGGUAAACGGUUGUGUAAAACGUAUAUAACAUACUAAAGGAAAAUGAGAUUUAUGACUUAUUUUACAGUAUUAUUAACUGCGAUUAACUGUGGGGCAAUGAAUAGGCCAGUAUAUAAGAUAAUAUUGACACAAAAAGGCUUUACACAGUUUCUUCAGUAUGAUAUUGAUACGCCACCACUGAGAGAAUUCACAUUUUGUACGUGGAUUAAAUUUCGUGAUUUCACUCGUGAUCAGACUUUGUUUAAUUAUAUUCUUCACGGAAAAGAUCACAUACUAAGACUGUGGUUAGAAUCCGGAGGGCGACAUUUAAAAAUUUCUGUGAAUGGAAAAACAUCAUCUAGUUACCCUGUCAAUUUAGCUCAAGAUGUAUGGCAACAUAUAUGUCUAUCGUAUCAAUCAGAUUACGGGGCCUGGGCGCUCUACAUUGACAGCCGUCUUGUUACAUGUGAAGUCGCACCGAGUUUACAAGGAUUUGUUUUGCCAGCGGGUGGUAGCGUAAUUAUAGGGUACGGAACUUCAAAUGAUGGUGCGCCAGGUGGAUUUGAAGGAGAGAUAUUUGGAGCUAACAUGAUACUGUCUUCGACCAUUGAAAGAAAUCAUACAAUGAAAAGAAAUCCUAAAAUGAGCCAAAAAUAUUUUCAUAGAAACAAAGUGACGGGUUCAAACGACAUUAACUAUAUCAUUCUUGGCGAUAUAGAGUCGGCCAUGUCUCAUCAAGACUUUGAAACCACCUCGUCUAUUCCCAGCAGUACUAAAAGUUAUGUGUCCAUAAGAACACCAUUUAGUGUAGUAGAACAUGAUGUUGGUAUUGAUUUGACGUCCGGAAAUAAUGAUGAGCUAAUUCGAAAUAAGGUUAAUUGGGGUGACCCAGUUAUAAAAAAAGGAAUGAACGAUGACGAUAAAAUAAGUUUUAGUAAUAUAAUGGAUGAUGCCACCAUGACUCGACCUUUUAAAGAAAAACAAUUAAAUUUUAAACAAUUAAAUAAAGGGCCUUCUGUGUCACUUUAUGAACAGCCACCACCGCCUGGAUCGGUUAUUGACUAUUCCAAAUUUUCAACUAAUUCGGUAAAAGAACUUUUUGGCAGUCAAAAUAUGAGCAAAUUUACCCGCAAGACUGUAAAAUUACAAAAUAAUGUUAUUUCAUAUAAUAAGCCUCCCUCGUUAGCUUCACUGGAUAAUGAUAUCUUAACUAACUCCAGAUCUAAUUCUCAUUUCGCAAAUAGUGUGUUAAAUUUUAUAAAAAACAAUAAUAUUAAAUUGGACCACAAGAAGGUACCUUCAACAAUUCCUCUAUUUAAAAUCUCUGAUUCAUUUCCAUAUGCUUCAGAUUUUAGAGCAUCUAAAGCUUAUACGCCUUAUAUUUUUCAAAGGAAAAAUUUAUUUGAUAAACCAUAUAAAAUAAUGAAACGCGAUGUUCAAAAUCAUCGAAUAAAUGUUCAAGUUAUUCAAAACGAUGACAUUAGAAAUCAAAUUUUAAAGUCUCAUUCUAAUUUAAAUCCAACCAAUGUCGAAGUAACUAAUUGGGGGGAAAUUAAAAGUAACAAGUACUUACGCGUUUAUAGAAAUACAGGGAAUUCAGUCCCCGAAGAAAUUAUCUCAGAUGUAUUUGUACCUAGACCAUUUUCCGUCGAAUCGAAAAAGAGGAAUAAAACUUUAAUGCCAUUGGAGUUUCGAAAGAAUAGUAUUAACGCAAUAUUACCAUUUAUAAAAUCUAGUGAAUAUUUUCCUGAAAGCAAUCCCGACAUAAAGAUUAACCAAAAUGAUGUCUACAGUCGAAGUUUAUCCGCUCCAAAUAAGUGGCACAAUGUUAAAUCGUAUAAUAACGACUACUCGCCAAGAAAAAUUCAAACUGAAUUAUCUGAAAAUAAAAACGAUAAAAUGGAGAUGUACAACAAGAAAUUGCCGUCCAUUAGGUUAAAAUAUAUUCCAGACAAUCAUAAAAUAGUUAAAAACAUAGAUAACGAUAUUUUAAAAGGCCGUGAUUUAGCCUUAGAGGUGUCAAACGUUUCCGAGCCAUUUACAGAUUCAGUUUCAAUAUUAAAAUAUAAUCACGGAUUUUUGCCUAGUAGAACUAAAAAGAAAAAAGAGUCACAAUUUGACAAAAAUAUAAAAAUCGGUAAUGCCUUAAACGAACGUGCUAUUAUUGGUGACGAUGAAAUAGAAAAAUAUAAAAGUUUCAUCGGUGGUAAUGACAAAGUUCCAGAUAUAAAUAGUUAUAGAUCUGACUUAGACAAAGUAAAUGAAGAAGUACCUCCAUCGUUAGGUUCAAAAAUUUGCAAAAAUCUUGAACUGUUUGAUCGGUUGCUUUAUAUUCAACCUGAUGGAAGUAUUGACGUUACACAUAUAUUAUCACCAGUGAAAGAAAAAAACCUUGGUAUAGCAUUUGUAAUACAAAAUUAUAAAAAAUGCGCGUUACAGGAAUCGAUAAUGGAAGACCACUCCUUGUUAUUUAUUGAUUGGAGUAACACACCUGUUAGAUUGUUUGGUGGUGCAAAACCAAAAAAGACAACUGAUCUAUGUGGUUUUUUUUAACAUUUAUUAUGUACGACUUUACUAGAAUAAGUUUAAAAUUUAUAUAUUUUUUGGAAUAUAUAUUUUUAACCCAAGUUUCGAUUGAAAAUCAGAAUUUGUUCAAAAAACUUUUAUUUUUAACAAAGCAUGCUGUCGUAGUAAUCAUUGACUUUGUGCGUGAAAUAUUUCAACAUCCAAUGAAAUGAUAUGUGAAAGGAAAUAAGGCCUGCUAAUUAUUUAGAUCACAAAAAGUACGACUCAAUUAUGUCAUAAAAACUGUGUAACCAUUACAUAAUGCUUUCAAACCAAUUUAAAUUUAUAGAAUAAUGUUAUUUUUUAUCAGUAAAGGUUAUAUGUACCUAAUACUUUUCAUUGAAAUAUUCUUCAAGAGUCGUUUUAUUUAUUUUCAUUUGUCUCGUGAAUUGAAAAGUUAUUUUAAAAGAUUGACGGGCCUCCACUUCUUCCCACAAAUGGAAGUUCUCGGACUUUUGUUAAUGAAAUUUAAGUUUUCCUCAACGUUGAAUCAACAUGUUUCGUAACGCUUUUGAUUGGUAUUUAACAUUCACAAAUUUAAUUUUUUAAUGUGUAAGUUUGUCAAACGUACAAAAUAUUUAUUCGUAUAAUAUUAUUGUAAUUGGACACGUCGUAUAUCCAAAUUCCAGUUUAAUCGGAAGUAGAAUUAACAGAACAGAAAGGAAGAGAAGAUAUAUGAAAAAUGAAUUUUGAUUAUAAAAUCAAAACGUCGUAAUACUAUCCAAAACUAUUUCAACUUUGCGUAUCUACCUUUUUUAAGAAUCACAUCACACAACCAAAAAAACGUACAAUUAAACGAACACGAGAGAGGAUCGCCCUACACACGUUAUCAAUUAUUAAUUUGAUUACGAAAUUUGUGCAAUUUCAAAGAAACCACGUUUAUCCUGUAACUUUUAAAUAAAAUGAAUUGGUUAUAUUAAUUGCAAACAACAUGCAGACAUAAGAACGUAACUGGAUUUAUUUAUGGAGUAAUGAAGCUGAAGGUUAUUGCCUUUUUUAGAUAUCAAGGACACGUCUUUAUUUUUAGUGAAUGAAUAUAAAAGCGGUCAUAUUUUUUUACGAGUAAUUUAUUUGUGAAGCCUCUAUAUUUUUAUAAACAGUUUGAUUUUGAAUUACUUUCAUGUCUGUUCAAGAUGCAACAACAAUCGUUUUGCGCGAAAGUUAAAUUUAGGGCAACAUUUUUGGAUGCACUUCCAACGUAUUUACACAAAAAAUCAAAUAAAUGAAGACUCAGAAACGUAAAACCAUAAAAAAUACUAUUAUUAGAGUCUCACAUAAAUUUACUAAAUAAUUUCAUAUAUAAUCAAAAAGUAAAUUGUGCGCCAAAAAAGUUUUUGGGAAUGCAAUGCAUGAGCAUUUCUCUCAUCUUUUUUAUAUUUACUGUUAUUUCAAGAAACUCAAAGAUGCCAUAAAACUCCCCAGAUAUCAGAUAUUAUCGAGAUGGAAGGAUAGUAGACCUAGAGACGAGAGAUUUCUGCUAGACCCAAUUGUAAACUUUCCUGCAAAUGUUAUUAUUACAUACUUUAGAUAUUGCGUCACCUAAAACCCCUUUACUUAUAAAUUCAUUACUAAAUUAAGAAGCAAAAUAAUCUUAAUUAAGUUAAAUAUUAUAAUAUGUAUGAUAUAAUUAUAUAUUAAGACAGAAUUCUGCUUUAAUAUUCAAAACUAUGAUUCUUAACUCUCCGAUAAAGAUCCUUGAGCUAAGACUGACAGUCUUACAUUCAAUAAUUACUUUAUGGUUUAACAGUAAAAGACAUCUGCUGAUUGAGUGAUUGCAUACAAAUUUCGAAUUUUGUUUAUCAUAUGUUACCAUUAAUUUUCGACUGCGAAUCAUGGUCAUCACUCUUGAUGACCAUGAUUUGUAAAUCGAAUGUUUGGCAAAGUUUUUUGUUUUAUGUAUAUAAUAUAUAAUGUGGGGGGGAAUUUUGAAUCUUGUAUACUUAUUACGUAUAAGAUGAAAACUAAUCAAGCAACAGAAUUAACUAAUAAAAGAUCUGAUACUUAUUUGAGUAAUCUUUUUUCACGAGCCCACAAUAUCGAUCUCACUUUUAUAUACUCACAAUGGACGUGAAAUAAACAAAACACAUCAAAGUAAAUGAA